UAGAUAUAAGAAUGUUCGCUCAAGUGGUUCACCAUUUUCGUUUGGUAAACCCAGUGUUUGGCGCUUACUUGGCACCACGCUGCACAUAUCCUUUAUCUAGCCCUUCCGAGCAACAUGGUGCCAGCAAGUAAGGCAAGAUGGUAUACCGCGAGAAGAUCGACGAUCCACGAACAGGGUUGUCAAUUGUUUAUGGUUAUAGUGUUAUUGUGCAUCUGUGGUACCACGAUCGGUAAAGUGGCGUGCAACAGAACGAACUCGAAGCUCACUGCCAUUCCCAUCCCCAGGCAUGAUGCACCGAGAACAGUUCGUGAGUUGUUCGCCAAGGUCGUAAAUGGGCAGACAGCUACAACAGGGCAAUUCCCAUGGCAAGCGUCAAUUCGGGCAGCUCUUGGCCGUUCUGUAACGGUGUGUGGCGGUUCGCUGAUUGAGGCCCAGUGGGUUCUUACAGCAGCUCACUGUGCAAACGACUAUACCGUGUUCCAGAUAGGGCUCGGCUCAAUCCAUCUGAAUAUGGCACGACUUACCAUGUCCACUGUCAUCAAGUUUGUGCACCCUGAGUUUGAUCCGUGGAAGUUGACGAAUGACGUUGCCCUGAUCCGACUGCCUUCGCCAGUGCCAUACAGUCUAGAGAUCUAUCCAGUAAAGCUACCGAUCAAUUUACCACCCACUGAUCUGUACAUCGGUCGCCAGGUUACGGUAUCUGGAUUUGGUCGAACGUCUGAUGCUAUCCAGUCCAUAUCGACAAUUUUAAAGUACGAGCGCAUGCGGAUCAUUUCAAACGCUGAGUGUACAAAUGUUUAUGGUGCGGCUAUCAUACGCAAUACCACGCUCUGUGCAGUCGGAUGGGAACGACCUUAUCAAAAUGUCUGCCAAGGAGAUUCGGGAGGUCCUAUGGUAAUGCAACAGGAUGACAGCAGUUGGGUGCAGAUUGGGAUAGUCUCUUUCGUGUCCAGCCGGGGCUGCAGUACAGGAGAUCCCUCAGGAUACAUUCGUACCGUGAACUACCUUUCGUGGUUAGCAAAAACAACAGGUCUUCGAAGUCUUGCGUCUGUUUUAAGUUAGAUAAAAAAAAAAUCUGGUGCUCGAACUCCGUCAUCAUCAUUACCGAUUCCAACAGCAAUGGAUAGGAAAGACCAUGCAUAUAUUUUUCUGUACUAGGGUUAAAACGUUCCCUACUACUACUUGACGCUCAUAAGGAAACGGAAAUGUUAUUAUCCCUUAAUAAGCACCGUUAUAGCUGUACGUAGUUGGAAACAAUCGUUAAAUAUAUAUGGCAAAUAAUACAGAGAAAACAGCAGU